GCAAAAGUUACAAAAUCAGUCGCAAGUAUGCCUCAGAACGAGUAUAUCGAGCGGUGGACGAAACUCCACGGCAAGCGCCUCGACCACGACGAACGGAAACGCAAGCGCGAAGCCCGAGAAGGUCACAAUGCCAGUUACAAGGCGCAGAACUUGCGCGGUCUGAGGGCUAAGCAGUAUGCUGAGAAGAGAAGGAAGGAGAAGAUUCAGAUGAAGAAGCAGAUCCGCCAGAAGGAGGAGUCGAAGGUUAAGGGCAAUGAAGCGGCGGAACCCUCUUCGGAGCCUCUGCCGCAGUAUCUGCUUGACCGAUCGGACCAGAAGUCUGCAAAGGCUUUGAGUUCGCAGAUCAAACAAAAAAGGCAGGAGAAGGCAGCGAGGUUUUCUGUGCCUCUGCCCAAGGUCAAGGGUAUUACAGAAGAGGAGAUGUUCUCCGUAGUCAAGACCGGAAAGAAGACUGCGAAGAAGAGCUGGAAGCGAAUGAUCACCAAGCCGACUUUCGUUGGUCCCGGUUUCACUCGACGACCUGUUAAAUACGAGCGCUUCAUUCGCCCCAUGGGUCUCCGUUAUAAGAAGGCCAAUGUCACACAUCCUGAACUCAACGUGACUGUACAAUUGCCAAUCAUUAGCGUAAAGAAGAACCCCCAGAACCCCCUCUACACGCAAUUAGGCGUCUUGACUCGCGGUACUAUCAUUGAGGUCAACGUUUCCGAACUCGGUCUGGUAACAGCAGGUGGAAAGGUUGUUUGGGGUCGUUAUGCACAAGUUACCAAUAACCCCGAGAACGAUGGCUGUCUCAACGCUGUUCUGCUCGUGUAAUUUGACAGGACCAGUAAAAAAGCACUUGCAUAAAGACCGGCGUUGUGGCGAUUUCACACUUCAUUGGGCGUUACGAUACGAUGAUAUCUUGCGUGCUCUUGCACAAGUUGAACUGGAAAUAUGGAUGUGGGAUAUAUAGUUAGCUGAAUGCUAUACCCUAAAUAGGGACCAUUGCCAGCCUCAGAGUUCCAGUUACGAUGCAAGGUUUAUUCUUGUGAAUUGCACUUGUUGAGAUGAAAGUGGAAAAUCCUCUGUUGGCUGACAGGAGUGCACUGUCUGAGUGGCUGGGGUGAACGCCAUUGGGAGUCCUCAUAUUAGAGGGGAAUCCCUUGCUUAUAGGAACUUCAUACAUUCAUGAAGCGUUCUUGCGCAAAUAUAGAUACGUCACUAGGCAGUAGAGGGACCAUUUUGAAUGUGAACAGACUGCUUUUUAGGUCCACGUUGACCGCACUGU